CCGCAGCUCGAGAAAAGCCUUUGAAACUUUUAUAUAGCUGGGCUGCGAACCCCCCCCCACCUACCUUCCCCAUCCCCCACCGCCAGCUCAGGACCAAGGACGCCCCACCCCCGCGGCGCCAUUGCACCCUGGGAGAGUCGGUAUCGGACAAUGCUUGCUUCCUCUGGCCCUUUUGUGGUCCAGGCCUCUUCUCUCCUCCGCGCCUUCCCUCUGCUCCCUGUGUCCUAGCGGCUGCAAUUGCAGAGACCCCGAACGCUAAUAGAGAAAAUGAAGCUUACGGCAACAAAUGGCCUCCAUGAGGAGGAGAGCCCAGAGAGAGCAGAAUCCGAAAACGAAGAACUGAAUUCAAAUGCGGGAUUAGACCUGCCAUUUAUGAUGUUGCCCCACCCCCUACUUCCCGUUAGCCUGCCUCCUGCAUCAGUUGCCAUGGUGAUGCAUCAGAUGAACCACUUCAAUACUAUUUCCAACAUGGCUGCUGCAGCACAGAGGCAGAGCCCACUCUCCAGAGCAGGGGCUUCUGUUAUCAAAGAAACCGACAGUUCUCCUGCUACUUCUCCGGAACAGAGUGGUGGGCUUGAGGGCCAGGAUGCUUCUAGCUGCUCCCAAUCCCAGCUUGAGGACACGCCCAAGGUAAUUGCUGAUGAUGGAGAAAAAGAGCUUCCUGAUCAAGGUAAUGGGUCAAAUCCAAAAAAACUCCAGAAGGAAAAAGGAGAGAUGCAGAUUGCCAUUCCAGUGAUGAAACCAAACCUGGAUAAAAGUCAACUGGCAGGACAACUAGUUGCUCCUGGAUUCUCAACCCCAUUUAUUUUUGCGGAUAGCCUUUCCUCUGUGGAAACACUCUUAACCAAUAUUCAGUUCCUGCUGAAAGUGGCCCUGGACAGUGCCCGUGUCCAGGAAAGGCAAAUGCAAGAAGAAAAGAAGGAGCUGAGAAUGGAGCUCUACAGAGAGAGAGAGAUGCGGGAGACCCUGGAAAGGCAGCUUGCGGUUGAGCUGCAAAGCCGCGCCACAGUUCAAAGGCGCCUGAAGAAAGAGAAAAAGGCCAAGAGAAAGCUACAGGAAGUCCUGGAGUUUGAAUCCAAGCGCAGAGAGCAAAUGGAGCAGGCACUGAGGCAGGCCACUGGAGGUGACAGUGUGCUUAGCAUCCUGAGAGGUUUUGGAUUCUCAGAAAGAGAUCUUGAAGGCAUUGGGACUGAGUCUGACAGUGCAGAAAUGCAGGAAAACAUCAACCCCACCACCAUGUACUGAGAGGACUUUCUAUUAAAAAAAUAUAUAUAUCUAUGUAUGUACCAUCAUCCAUUAUCUGAAGACUCAUGUAUAUUUCAUUUAAGAAUACCCUACCAACCUUUCCUUGCUGUCCAGUGCUGGGUGGAGAAUGAAGGUUGCAGCAUGAAGUUGGAAGAACUGUUUGUUACAUUUAAAUCUCCAGCAGCUUUGUGAAGAAACAUGGAAAGGUUUUAUAAGCUCCCCAUGCUAAGCUAAGCCUGUUGCAGUUGAUCGUUUGUAGGUCCCUCCUCCCAGAGAAGUUUUAGAAUUUUUAAGCACAUGCAAGAAUUAUUCCCUCUGAGAGAACUAACUUUCUUCCCCUCCCCAACCUUUAAAGAGGCAGUAGUUUUGUUGAACAGUGGCACAAAUAUAUUAAUCGGCCUGAAACGUCCCCACUGGCUUUACUUAAGUGCAGAUCCUGAGUCCGCUUUUGCACCAAGACCAAUCACCGUGGAGCUGUUGCAGUUGUGUUCGUACUUUAAGCUUUGUUUACUGAACCAGAUAUUCAAUAAAUAUUACAUUUUGCUGAGAAA